AUGUGUUGGGAGGGUAGGGAAGUCGAGUAUCGAAAUCAGCGCGGAAAGGAAACACCGCUGGACGCAGUCGCAGGGAUGAUUGACGAAGGACUGGGGACGGCCUGCGUAACCCUCAAGAACUUCUGUUUGAAUGGCGUGUCCAACGAGGAAGGCGAGAUUUUGCGGUCGGAAAAAGGAGUGAAAGGAAAGUGA